GUUUUUGUUUUCUUCGUGGGCAGACGUGCGGUCGGUUGUCGGAAGAUAUUUAAGUUUUGAACGAAAUUUUAAACGACUGGAUUUGGAUUUGUGCGCGUUGCAUGUGUGUGAUAGUGAUAAAGCAGAAUAAUGUCCUGUGCAAUGGGAAAAAAAAUAUGAUAUGAAGUUCAAAAUAAAUUGGUAAUCUAGUUUAUUCAAAUUGUUGCGAGAAAAAGGAGAUAGAAAGCGAAGAACAAAAUCCAGAAGGAAAAAGUAACGGCGGUUAGUUUUGAAACGGUUUAUGGGGAAAAGCAGUGAGUGAAAAAUUUGAUCAAAACAAAAUUUGGAAAAGAAUCGCAAAUCGGCAAAAUGUUUGAAAUAGAGGAAUAUUCUGGCAUACACGAGGGUUUCUUCAACAAAUAUGCGGAUGCUGCUGGUCCAUCUUUGGAUUUUUAUGUAUCCGACUCCAUGCAGGAUAUGCUGGAUGUAGAUAUACGUGCCGAGAUCGCCAAUGUUGUGGGCGGUUCAAGUGAUUAUACUUCCUCUCUGGAUAAUGCUCUCGAGGCUAUAUCGGCCAUUAAUAAUAACAACAACAACAACACAAGCAACAUCAAUCACAGCAGCAACCACAAUCUAUUGGCCAGCAGUGCUUUGCAUGCUUCACCCACAGCCAAAUGGAUGGGAUCUUGUUCAAAUUUCUGGUCCACACCAGAUUACUAUGCCGAUGUGGGAGCCUGUGUGAAUCCGAUAUCGGUGAUGCCUUUGAUAAAUUCCAAUUCAUCGACAGUCUCAUCGAUGCUGGGAUCACCGAGGCGAUCUAAGAGUUCGUCCACGGCAACCCAGUCCCGAAACACAGGUGCUCAAUCAGGAGGAGGAGGGGGAAGUGGAUCGUCUGGAGCCGUGCCUUCCUCACCAGGUCAUCACAAAUCCCAUUUGACUUUCUCGCCGGCCCAAAUGAAGGUCACAGCUGGAUCAAUGCGCCGCGAGCAGGUAAUGGCACACAUACCCAAACAGAUAUCGGUGCCCUUGUCCUCGUCGGUGAUUGCAGACAAUGGCACCACAGUGCCAGGGACAAUGGCCACCAAUUCGGUAUUGCAACAGCAGCAGCAACAGCGUCGUUCGACAUCUUCCGUGGAUUCAGUGCGCAAGGAUCUGAGCAGCGAAUUGCGUAAAGCCCGCUGCUCACCGAUUCCAAUUGUGGAGGAGUCCACCUCAUGCUCAUCAGUCACAUCCUCCAAUGGCAGCGGCAAUGGCAAUGGCAACGGCAACGUUACCAAGGUCAAAAGCAACAGUCUCUUGACCAGCGGAAAUCUCUCAACCAACACGAUUAAACUGGCCCGCGGCAUUGGUGGUCUGACAUUUGCCAAUAGCCUCACCUACAACAACCUGAAACAGCAAUCUCUGGUCAAGCAGUCGCCUGGUGGCAAUCAAACAAUUGGCUCAACGGGCCAACAGAUUGUCCUGAAGCGCGAGGAACUUGGCAAGCGAGGACUUCAGAUGGGCAACAGCAACAACAACAGCAUGAAUGUCAGUUGUAGUACACCAAAGAGCAUUGCCUCAGCGGCCAAUUCACCGCAUCAUCAGAUGCAGACAAGCUAUAGUCUUGGCUCCCCGUCACCGUCCUGCUCCUCCUCAUCGCUGGCCUCUUCCUCACCCCUCAGCAAUGGCAGCAAUCUGGUGAACAUAGCCAACAAUUCCACCAGCAGCAGCAGCAUUACAGCCGGACAGGCAAACAGUGGAGUGAAGCCGCUGCAACAGAAAAUCAAAUUGCCACCGGUGGGCAAUGCAUUUCCAAAGCCAGCCUAUUCCUAUUCCUGCCUCAUUGCAUUGGCUCUGAAGAAUUCGCGUGCCGGUUCUUUGCCCGUAUCGGAAAUCUAUAGUUUUCUGUGUCAACAUUUUCCCUACUUUGAGAAUGCUCCCAGCGGCUGGAAGAAUAGUGUGCGACACAAUCUAUCGCUAAACAAAUGCUUUGAGAAAAUCGAACGACCUGUAACGAAUGGCAAUCAACGCAAGGGUUGUCGCUGGGCCAUGAAUCCCGAACGUAUCACCAAAAUGGAUGAGGAGGUCCAGAAAUGGUCACGCAAAGAUCCAUCGGCCAUACGUGGAGCCAUGGUCUAUCCAGAGCAUUUGGAAUCUCUGGAACGCGGCGAAAUGAAGCAUGGCUCGGCCGAUUCCGAUGUGGAACUCGAUUCGCAAUCCGAAAUUGAGGAAUCCUCCGAUCUGGAGGAACAUGAUUUCGAAGAUACAAUUGUCGAUACGCUGCAAUAUCAUCCAGACGAUGAUGUCGAUGAGGAGGAAGAACUACUCGAUGAAUUCGAAACGGAGGAUGACGUCACCCAUAAUGCUGCCUCCAAUGCGGCCAUCGAGCAUGAGUUACUUGUCCAAAAGAAUGGCGACUUUGACAUUGAGGUUGAUGAACUGUACGACGCCAUCGAUAUUGAGGAUGACAAGGAGGCAGUGCGUCGAUCCAUUGUCAAUGGUGGCACACAUAUUAUUGAGCUAAAUCCCUGCGAUUUGAAUGCCAACGAUGGCUAUCAAUUGGCCGCCAAGCGGGCGCGUCUUGAUAUCAACUAUGCCAUUGGUCCAGCCGGCGAAUUGGAGCAGCAAUAUGGUCAAAAGGUGAAAGUGCAACCGGUCGUCCAGGUGCAAAUGCAGCCCACAUCGACACCCACUUACAAUCGUCGCAAGAUGCCGCUGGUCAAUCGCAUCAUAUAAGAAAAAAAUAUUCCAUACAUAUAUAUAUAUCUCUGUCUCUCUAUAUAUACAUACCAUAUAUAUGUAUCCGUAGGUUAUUCACUUAGUGUUUAGUGUAUUUGAAGUCUUGCUACGCUUAAAAAAAAAACAAAAAACGAAAAAAAAACACAAGAAACAAAAACAAUUUAUUUUCUAAGUUAAUUUUCGUGUGGAGAGUUAGUUCAAAUUGCUCACUCUCGGUUUGUUUCAACUGAUUUCAAAUCAAAAUCGAAUUUGCCUCAAAUAUAUUUUUGUUACACACACACACACACACACACACUUAUACACACACAUUCAUACAACCAUUAAUGUCCAUGUAAUUCCUUUAAUUGACGCUCAACGAAAGAAUCAACAAUUUUUGUGUGACGAAACAUAAAAAGAAAGAAAACCAUUUUUAUGUUAAUUCCAAUUUUUCUCGAAAUUCUUCUCUUUUUUUUUUGUUUAUAUAUAUUAUAUUUUGAAUUUUAUUCCUAAUUUUUUGAUCUCUACAAUCAAUUUGCAUUAAUUGAGAAAAACUUGACGAAACAAAAUCAAACAAACUAUAAACCAAACAUUUGACGAUUUUCUAUGA